CGGCAGCAGCAGCAGGAGGAGGACCGGCGUGGCUGGCUCGUUCGGCGCCCGAGGAGUCUGCCUGGACGCGCUGCCGCCGCUGCCGCUCCGGGCCGAGCAUGGAGCGCAGUUACCUGUUGGCCGUGGCUUUCCUCCCGCUCUUGCUGCCGGCUUGGUCGCCGGGGCUGCCGCGCUCUAGCUGCGCCGCCUCGGCCGCUUCUGCCGCCGCGGCUGCAGCAGCUGCCGCAGCCGCGUCGUCGUCCUCGUCCUCGUCCUCUUCGGCGUCUUCUUCGUCCGCGUCGGCGUCGUCGGCCAAGGAGCUGUCUUGCCAGGAGAUCACGGUGCCCCUGUGCAAAGGCAUCGGCUACAACUACACGUACAUGCCCAACCAGUUCAACCACGACACGCAGGACGAGGCGGGGCUGGAGGUGCACCAGUUCUGGCCCCUGGUGGAGAUCCAGUGCUCGGCGGACCUGCGCUUCUUCCUGUGCAGCAUGUACACGCCCAUCUGCCUGGACGACUACAAGAAGCCGCUGCCGCCGUGCCGCAGCGUGUGCGAGCGGGCCAAGGCCGGCUGCGCGCCCCUCAUGCGCCAGUACGGCUUCGCGUGGCCCGACCGCAUGCGCUGCGACCGCCUGCCCGAGCAGGGCAACCAGGACACGCUCUGCAUGGACUACAACCGCACCGAGCUCGCCACGGCCGCGCCGCCGCCCCCGCAGCCCAAGCCGCCGCACCGCAAGCCUGCCGGCGGCGGCGCCAGGAUCCCCGGCGCGGCCGUCCCUCAGCCGCCGCUGCCGCCUCCCGCCGAGCCGCCCCUGCGCAAGGCCCGGCCUUCGGCGCCGUGCGAGCCGGGCUGCCAGUGCCGCGCGCCCAUGGUGUCCGUGUCGAGCGAGCGCCACCCGCUCUACAACCGCGUCAAGACAGGCCAGAUCGCCAACUGCGCGCUGCCCUGCCACAACCCGUACUUCAGCCCCGACGAGCGCGCCUUCACCGCCUUCUGGAUCGGCCUGUGGUCCAUCCUGUGCUUCAUCUCCACUUUCGCCACCGUCUCCACGUUCCUCAUCGACAUGGAGCGCUUCAAGUACCCCGAGCGACCCAUCAUCUUCCUGGCCGCAUGCUACCUCUUCGUCUCCUUGGGCUACCUGGUGCGCCUCGUCGCCGGCCACGAGAAAGUGGCUUGCAGCGGUGGCGCGGCGGCCGGUGCAGUGCCGGCGGGCGCCGGAGGGGGCGCUGCAGGAGCAGCCGCGGCAGUCGGAGGGCGCGGGGCGGCAGGGGGCGCUGCGGAGCUGCAGCCGGAACUAGCCGUGGCGGAGCACGUGCGCUACGAGAGCACGGGCCCUGCCCUGUGCACAGUGGUCUUCCUGCUGGUGUACUUCUUUGGCAUGGCCAGCUCCAUCUGGUGGGUCAUCCUGUCGCUCACCUGGUUCCUGGCGGCCGGCAUGAAGUGGGGCAACGAAGCCAUAGCGGGCUAUGCGCAGUACUUCCACCUGGCUGCCUGGCUGCUGCCCAGCGUCAAGUCCAUUGCCGUGUUGGCGCUCAGCUCGGUGGACGGGGACCCGGUGGCGGGCAUCUGCUACGUGGGCAACCAGAGCCUGGAGAACUUGCGGGGCUUCGUGCUGGCCCCCUUGCUGAUAUACCUGGCCAUUGGCUCCAUGUUUCUGCUGGCGGGCUUCGUCUCGCUCUUCCGCAUCCGCAGUGUCAUCAAACAGCAAGGGGGCCCCACCAAGACGCACAAGCUGGAGAAGCUCAUGAUCCGCCUGGGCCUCUUCACCGUCCUCUACACGGUCCCGGCCGCCAGCGUGGUGGCCUGCCUCUUCUACGAGCAGCACAACCGCCCCCGCUGGGAGGCCACGCACAACUGCCCUUGCCUGAGGGACCAGCAGCCCGACCAGGCGCGCCGGCCAGACUACGCAGUUUUUAUGCUCAAGUAUUUCAUGUGCCUCGUGGUGGGCAUCACGUCCGGAGUGUGGGUCUGGUCCGGGAAGACUCUGGAGUCCUGGAAGGCGCUCUGCACCCGUUGCUGCUGGGCCAGCAAGGGGACCGCCGCCGCAGUGGCGGCAGGGAGCAUCGGAGUGGUUGGCGGUGGUGGAGGGGGCAUGGUGACUGCCGCUGCGGUGGGGGGACUUGGGGGCGGAGCGGGGUCCAUGUACAGCGACGUCAGCACCGGCUUAACGUGGAGGUCUGGCACCGCCAGCUCAGUCUCAUACCCCAAACAGAUGCCCUUGUCCCAGGUGUAAAAGACGGGAGUUCUUGGGGACAGGUGGGGAGAGGGUGCAGCUGACUAUAUUCCCUGCCUCCCCUUCAUUCCCAAGCUUCCCGGUGGCCUCUCCAGGUGCAGGACGGAUACAGCUGCUGGAGGCUGUCAAGUGCCAGGCCAGCUCCUCCUCAGCCCCCUUCCUACACUCCUUGUGUAGAGUCACGUGCUCCAUACUUCCAAGGCACCAGCCUCCCAAUGCAAAGGACUGUCUUGAGCCGCUCCUUGGACUGGCGGGAGUCCUCUUGGUUGUUGGAUGGGGCUCCCCCUGCUUUGCUUUUUCUCCUCCUUUCAAACUCAAAAGGUGACAUCAAAGCAGCAGGUGUCUAUGAUAGGACUGCAGGGUUUGGGAAACUUUCAAAUGACUUUCUUUAAAAAAAAAUAUCAAAUGAACAAACUGGCAGAUGCCUUAAACACAUUCAAGUUGUGUCUUAAUUAUACACCCCAAAUAAAUACGGGUUUCCUAUGUUAAAAGAUGUAUUUAUAUAAUUAUUUGGUACUUUGUACAAAAUGUGUAAGAUAUGUAUAUAACCCAAAUGCUUUACAGUCUGUAAAUUUUUUUUGUAAAAAGAAAAAAGUUUAGAGGCUUACCACCAACUGCUCCCUCUUAAGAGCAAAUAUUUGAGUAUUCUAUUUUGUCAAUAAAAUAAUGAUAAAUGAUC